GCAGAUGUCCUUGGCGGGUAAUAUGAGUGACUUAAAGCCCAAGCUUGCCUUCUCAUUUCUGCAGCGAAAAAAGCAACUAGUUUAUAAUCCUAAAGUUACAUCUUUGGAUGCAAAUAAUGGCGAAGUUACUAUUGAAGAUAAAAAGGAAUUCAUCACAUCAAUUGAAGACAAAAUAAUGCAUGUAUAUGUGUGUUGUUAAUUUAUCACUUUAGCUGUUCAACUGCAAAAAAAGAAGAGCAACUUGUCAUACCAUUAAAGCGUAGUAAAAGCAGCUUCCAGGAGCGGAUGAAAAAGAAUUUCUUGCCAGCUGAGUCCUUAGACCCUCUUACGCUUCAGGCGUUGCAAGAAAUUAAAGAAGAGAGCCAAGCAUUUUCAAGUGAUUCACACAAUGUUCAUGUAAAUUAUGAUCUUAAAAUAAUUGCCAAUAGUUCUGAAACCACCGAGGAAACUGAGAAUGCAAACUAUGAUGCUAUCCCUAUUGAAAAGUUUGGUGUGGCUCUCUUGGCUGGAAUGGGUUUUGACCCGAAAUCUCUCGAUAGCUCUAAGAGAGAGGUUUUACUACCUCAGCGACCAAAGGGACUCGGGCUAGGCGCAGACCCAACUGCAGUUCAAGAUGCUAAACAAGAAUUACUGAAAUCUAAAAUAGAAAAACUAACAUGGGACCCCGGAGCGCGUUGUCAGAUCGUAUUAGGAAAAAACAAGGGUCUUUAUGGCACGUUAGAAGGACUAGAUGGAGACACUGGUCGUGUGAUUAUUAGAUUAAAAGUUUCGAAAGAAGCAGUCACUGUACUUCAACAUACUGUCCGUUUGGUUCCUAUCAAAGAAUAUACUGCGUACUCAAAUUGUAUAAACCAAAAUCAAGUUGAUGAAUAUAAAGCACGCGAAGCAGAACAGUUAUUACUGAAAUCUAAUCAUAAUUCCGACUCUGACCCGCCGGGAUCAAAAUCGACUAGAUAUGAACAAUCGACACUUAGUGACUCUAAUGGUAAAACAUCGAAUAUCUCUAAAGAGGAUAAACCACUAAAAUGUGAACCAAAUAGACCAUCUGGUAGUAUAUCGUGGUUAAGACCGAAAUUAAUUGUUCGAUGCUUUGAUCGAAAUUAUUGUGGUGGAAAAUAUAAUAAAGAAAAGUUAAUUAUUAUUUCUAUUGACGGUAGUCGGUGCAGCUGUAAAACAAAAUCUGGUCAGAUAAUCGAAGGUCUUCCUAUAAAGUAUUUACAAACAAUUAUACCGCAUGAAACGAAUUCAGUUUUAAUGAUUGUAAACGGAGAAAGAAGUGGUCAGGUACGUAGUGUUUUUCAUAUUCUUUUUCAUCACUUAUCUUUCAUAAUUUAGCGUAGAAAAUCCGUUCAUUAUGUAAUCUUUAGCAGUUAUUGUUAUCUGAUUUUUGCUCUUGGUUAAACUAAAUAUACAAAGCUACCAUAAAUUAUUGCUAUAAACCGUCUACCUAAGCACAAUUUUCUAACCGCUUGCACGAUUAAUUAGACGUGAUAGUCGUAACCAAUUAGUGGAUGUAAAAACUCGAUCUGGAAUCCCUUUGCAAUAUCAUUUCGAUUGUGUAUGUGCCAUACAUGAUCCAUUCGGGAAUUGAUAGAAAAAAAUAAUUUACGACAUUCUUGAAUAUUUGAAAUUUUUGUAAAUAGUAUUUUUUUUUACUUAUUUACAUUAAAAAAAUAAAAAGAUCAUCUGAAAAAUUAGAAAGGUCUAUUCCUAAUUGUUCCUCCUCAUUUUACAGUUUAGUUUUUCUAAAGCUACUGUUGAAUAGAAAAAACUUAAUUCUGAGAUC